CAAGGCUGACAAGGAGCAGCACCAGUGAUGUGUGAAUGAGAGGUUCUGGUUUGGACUGGUUAAAGACGGUUUCUGGCACCGACAAGCUGGACACUGGCGCGAGGAGAAGUGAGCGAGCGCCACAGGGGAGAAGACUUGAGCCAGGGCGCGUGGUCCCUGAGGAGAAGUUGACUGUCGCAGAGGGACAGGCAUGAAGAAAUGAUGGCUGAUAUCUAAUCGACCGACAGCAGAUUAAUGUGCUCGGCGAACGACUGGAGUUGGCGCUGAGGGAGUCUUAUUCCGGUGGGGGUUUUCUUCUUGCGAAAGAGCAGGUGUGUGUGUGUGUCUGCUCUGAGGUGUAACCAUGGAGUCCACCCACCUCCUGGGAAGUUCUAAGAAGCGAGUGAAGAUUCACCCUCACACUGUCACUGCCAAGUACGCCACACAGGCGCCCUUCUCCCCCCAACCCGGCGUCCACACACACUUCCCCCAGCCUGGGGACGAGGGCUACGAUGACGCUCCCUCCUUCGAAGACUUUGGCUCUUUCCUGGAGGAAAGCUCGGACAGGAAGAAGCUGACCGAGGGCAGGAAGUGGCCUGGUCGGACUCUGUUCGGGGGCAAGGACAAAAGCAAAGACGCGUCCCUCAAGCCCACGGUGGUGGGGAUGGAGGGGGGAGACGGGGGGGUGAAGGGCACCGGGAGGGGGGUGGGAGAGCAGCUGGCGAGCUUUGGCCAAGCGUCCGUGUCGGCGUCGCGGCUGACAUGGGUGGGCGUGCUGGCAGCGGCGGCGGCUAACGGCUGCGUGAUGGUUCUGACCCGCCUGGCGGCAGAACGCUUUGGCCUGGGCCCCCUGUUUCUCCUCUUGGUACGGUCCGUGCUCCAGCUGCUCUCCCUGGCCGUACCACUACAGCAGGGGGAACAUCCUCUGGGCCCUGAGGGCUUCCGUAUACGCGUGGCCCUGUUUGGCUUCGCCUACUCCCUCUCCCUUUGCUGUACCUACUCCUCCUUGUCCUUCAUCUCCCCCGACGACGCCACAGUGACCUGGCGCCUGGCGACCACUGCCCUAUCAGCAACGCUGGCCUUCCUGCUACUGGAGGAGAGAAUGGGAUUGGCCGAUGGGGCGGCGGUGGCGGCGGGGGUGUGUGGGCUGGGGCUGGCACUGGUCCCAGACGCCGGCGAGACCGGGCUGGGGGCGCCGGAGCGAUUGGGAUCCGGCGAGGUGUCUGUCAUGUUCUGGAGGAGCGCGUAUGGCUGGUCGCUGUCAGCAAUGGCAGGUUUGUGGAUGGCCCUGGCUCUGGUCGGGUACCGCUCGCUCAAGGAGCGGCUCAGCGUCAGCACAGCCCUGUUCGCCAUCAGCUGGACCGGCUGUGUGUCGGCAGGGGGCUCCAUGGUCCUGCUCCAGGAGGGGAUGGUCUGGCACUCGGGGGCCCUGGCGUGGUGCCUUCUCCUUGGGCUGUGUGUCUGUGCCGUGGGGGGGUUCCUGGGGGUCACCCACGCCCUCUCCCGGAUACACCCUGCCCUGGUGUCCGCCUCUCAGAGCAUCGAGAUCCCUGUGGCGAUGGUGCUGCAGUUUGCUGUGCUGCUGUGGGAGCCAACCGUCUGUGAGAUCAUAGGGGGCGUGGUAGUGACGGCGAGUGUGGGUUGGCUGGUGGCAAUGAAGCUCCUCCCCUCUCGCACCACUGGGAGGAGACAGAGGGAGGAGUACGAGGAGAUUCUGGACUCACCCAUCAAAUAGACAACACUUGUUUCUCGCUUUCACUCUCUCUUUGUCUCUCCCUCUGAUGCUCUGUCUCUCCCUCUGUCACAACCACACCCUAUCUCUCCCCUCCUCUCCUCCUUCUUUCUCUAUCUAUCUCUCUCAUUCUCUCUCCCCCUCCCUCUGUGUCCUAAGAGACGCUAUUUAAUGCUGGGUUGGAAAAUAUCAAUGACAGAUGUAUUUAUUUUGUAUUGUUGUUGUUGCUGUUGGAAAAGUGCCAAUCUUCUUGUCCUGUGUGUUACAGUAGUGAUGUGAAGUGACAUUAA